CCUCUCAUCCGCCCAUUCACCUGCACACCCGCUGACACCACACACCCGCGGGCACCUGGACAGGACAGGGAUACACCGGCAGUGACGAGGAAGGACGCCAGAGGGGAACAUCUUGGUCGGGGGAUGCUGUUCUUCGCCAUGAACCCCUGGCUGCGGGCGGUGGUGGCAGUGGGCGGCGGGCUUCUGGCGUGUGUGUCCUCCCAGGGCGCCCCCGCACCUGACUAUCUUGAUGACAACUUCCUAUACGAGAUGAGGAGCCUUCUGGACACCCCCGAGGCAUGGCGGGGAGUGUCUGGGGGCGGCCACCCUCGCGCCGUGGAGGGCUGGGGUCCUGAGCUGCAGCUGGGGCAGGUAUCGGGCGUGUCCGUGGACCCUCAGGGCAGGCCAGUCCUCUUCCACCGGGGGACACGCGUUUGGGAUCACAGGACGUUCAACGUGACCCACCACUACCAGGGCGAGGACGGGCCCCUGGGGGAGGACGUGGUGCUGGUGCUGGACCCGGAGUCUGGCGCGGUGGUGCGAUCCUGGGGCGCCGGCCACUUCCUGCUGCCCCACGGCCUGACGGUGGACCAGCGAGGCAACACCUGGCUGACGGACGUGGGCCUUCACCAGGUGUUUAAGUUCCCUCCAGGCGGCGAGGAGCCUGAGCUGAUCCUGGGCGAGCCACGCGUUCCCGGCAGCGACAACACCCACUUCUGCAAGCCCACCAGCGUCGCCGUGGCCUCCUCCGGCGACUUCUUCGUGGCGGACGGUUACUGCAACGCCCGGGUCCUGCGCUUCGCUCCCGACGGCGUACUGAAGGACAAAUUCGGCCACCCUGGACGCGACGGCAGCCCCAGCAGCCUGUACGUCCCACACGGGCUGGCCCUGGACGAGAGCCUUGACUCUCUCUGCGUGGCCGACCGCGAGAACAGGCGGGUGGUGUGCAUGCGUGCCGGCGUGCAGGAGCCAGACGUGUUUGGCGAGCAUCUGAGAACCCUGCAGGACCCUUACCACGGCAGGGUGUUCGACGUGGCCGCCUUCAAGGGGGCGUUGGUGAGCGUGGGCGGCAGCGAGGGGGAGAGCGCCGCCAUGGGCUUCACAACAGACCUGCGUGAUGGGCAGCUGAAGGACAUGUGGCGGCCCUCGCGGGGCUUCCACAACCCGCACGCCGUGGCCCUAAGCGGGGACGGCACCGCCAUCUACGUCGCUGAGAUUGGACCCAACAGAGUAUGGAAGUUCGUGGUGGACAGCAACGGUGUGGGAACCCGGGCCAUGUACUGAGCACCACCGCCAGACACGGACCAGGCACCGCCACGGACCACCGCCACGGACCUCCACCACAGACCAUCGCCCUGACCUCCCAUUGCAUACCAAGGAUUCCUGACGGCAAGGGAACAACGGCCACGUACUGAAGACCACUCCUUCGGACCAUCACUACGGAACAUCGAUUCGAAUCACCACUAUGCCCACUACAAUAGACCAUUGGUAUGGCCCACCGCUACAGCCGUGGACCAGGCCACAAACCACCUCCAUGGGCCUCCAAUGACCUGCCUGCAUGUGUUGUGAAACUGCUUAGGUUUGGCACUGCAAAAGAGGUGACUCCCGAACUGCAUGGUGAUCAUGUGGCUUACACAGAGUCACCGGUGGAAGCAGUGCGCUCCUGCAACCCAAACUAGCAGGGCUGUGACCUUAUAUGGAUCUUUAGGCCCAUUAAAACAACACAUCUAAAUUUCAAUUGGUUGGUUGCGUCAAAUCAUUGAGGGAAGGCUUGGUGUAUUGCCCGAAAUUUCCCUUUCCCUUACAUCCACACGAUCUCUGCGUGUCACGAAAAACACGAGAAUUUAAUCCAAACCCGGAAAGGGGAGACUAAUGUAACCGGCGUCGAGGAUCGAACCAGCGACCGGCCAGAUGGGAAGCCACUCCCCUACCAGUCUGGCUCACAAAAAUGCUAUCCAAGCUAAGUUAGUUGGCUGGGCUUUUCCCAUCAGGCGGGUGACUACACGGCUCCUUUUCUCAUCUAGAUAUAUUUCUGUGUUUCCAACUGAAAGUAGCGUUUGCUAUAACUCUUUGGAGAGAAUGUUUGCCACCACUUGUAUCGCUCGAUUCCGCUUUCUUCUGCGUGUCACGAAACACGAGAAAUUUAUCCAGACCCGGAAAGGGGGAACAAAUGUUACCUGCCAAACAGGAAGCCACUUCUCUACCAAUGAGGCUAAAGAGGUGUCCCACUAAUCCAGUGCGUUUGGGAGGUUUUUCGCAUCAGGCGGGUCACUACAUUGGAAAAGGCAGCCCAUUUCAAAAGAUUUAUCUUAUCUUCCUCAACAUAUUUUUCAAAGAUUUGGCCACACCGGUGCCUCAGAGCACAACAUUUGGAAGAUGACUGAAGAAAGAGAAGCCCAUAACUUAGAUUCAUUGUAUCUUUCGGAGACAUAUCUUUGUAGUUUUCAUGUUAGAGAGAAUGAAGAAUGUCGUGAAGCAGGCAAUAGGCUACUUGCUUCAGACAACAGUCGUCAUUGUACGCAUUUGCACGGGAAAUAUCUAACAACGCUAUAUAGAAUGCCCUUCAAGUCCAUCACAAUUAGAUUCAGUUGUGCUUUCCUUCUUAUAGAGGGUGGAAUCUGAUUUGUAAGAAGAAUGGACCCUCCUUUGCAAAAGUAGCCUGUUCCAGGGCUCUCAAGUACGAGUAUAUGGGUCGACUGAAUGAGAGUACUGGACGACUCCAGCACUUUGAAGCUGGACUGAAAAGAUAUGAAAAUAUAAAUUAUGUAACGAAUUCUUACCUUUGUGUCAGCAGCAGGCCUAGUGGAAGACAAAAUACUAAGAGCCGGUAUUAUAGCCUUCGUAUUUGUAUACAUAAAUAUACAUUCAUACAUGCUUACAUACAUACAUACAUACAUGCAUAAAGACAUACAUAAAAAAAACUUAUAUGUACAUUCAUGCAUAUACUAUCUACCAAACCCGUACCUACUUCUUUUUGACAAUGUAUAUUCCUAUAGGCUAUAACAAACUCGCUCGCUCUCUCUCUCUCUCUCUCUCUCUCUCUCUCUCUCUCUCCUUAAAGUGAUAUGAUCGACCUUAUCUGAUUAUUCUUUAUCUUCUAAAACGCUAAUAGUCACUUACGUUGAUCUCCCGCGGCAAACAAUGAGAGAGAGAGAGAGAGAGAGAGAGAGAGAGAGAGAGAGAGAGAGAGAGAGAGAGAGAGAGAGAGAGAGAGAGAGAG